CAGACGUUCCUUAACAAGCGCUUCUUCCAGCUUUAACGUGCACUGUGCAGUGUGUCAUGGAGGAGGAAGGUAAAUAAAAGCUGCGCUUAUAUCAACACGCGACGGAAGAUUUAAUGGCUUUUCGUAUGAGAAUGACAGCCUAGCGGUGUCAACUUGAGCCUACACGCGGUUGAAGAAGCACGACUGACCGAGGGACAGCGGGGGUGAACUCAGGGCAGGAGCUUCUGUCGGCGUUCUCAGGUGGCUUGAUCGGGAUUGUGUUGCCAUGGCGAUGCGGGAGCUAGUGGAGGCAGAAUGCGGGGGAGCCAAUCCGCUCAUGAAGUUGACCGGUCACAUGACUAAAGAAGGCGGGGCAUGGCGGCACCGCUCCACACCUACGAUUCCCCCAACUCCCAUUGAAAUUGCAACGGAAGAUGAGCUGGUUAACGAGUUCCUCCAAGCACCCCCACGUCCCCCGCAGACAUUCGACAUGGGUCAGCUGCUGGAGGAGAUGCAGCAGAUCGAUCAGCAGAGCUACAGACAGGCUCCACAGAGAGCGCCAGAUGUGGCGGCGUUGGCUCUCUCGGGUGACUGGGCGGCAGAGUUCGUAUCGGGCUCGGAUCCAGCUUCCACGCCGGGCCUUGUUGCGCUUGGUGACACGGCAGAUGCCGACUGGACUAAGGAAUUCAUCGCUCAGGCUGCAGAUCCUGGACGCUGGGCAGAGGAAUAUCUGGAACAGUCAGAGGAGAAACUGUGGCUCGGAGACUUUGGAGACAAGGAGAGCGAGUGGACAAAGGAAUACCAAACAGGAGAGGAGUUGAGGCAGACAGCCAAUGAACUCGUCUCAAAGGUGGAUGACCCCAAGUUACAAAACACAGAGUUCCUGCGGUUCAUUAGACAAAUUGGCGAGGGCAGUGUGACAGUGGAGAGCAGGACAGACAAACAGCUCACUGAUAAAGCUCAGGCCGAGGAGGCUCACAACUGGGCUUCCAACCUCAACCAGUUCCUGACGGAAACAGGGGGAGGGAGUCUUCCCUUGGAAUCUGCCGAGAGGAAUGAGAAGAUUGACAAAGCUAAAGCUAAGCAGGCACAGCAGUGGGCCAAGGUCGUCAGGCAGGUGUCACAAGAGUCCGCCGAAGCCUGGGUGGACGAGUUCACCGCCACCGGACCGGAUUUCCACCAAGCUAAAGCUGCGGUGGAGAGUGAUGUUGAUUUCUGGGAGAAGCUGCAGCAGGAGUGGGAGGAGAUGGCUAAACGGGACGCAGAGAGUCAUCCCUGGUUGUCAGACUUUGAUCAGCUGGUCAGCACGUCUUACGACAAGGGGUAUCAAUUUGAAGAAGACAACCCAUACUUGUCCCACCAAGACCCUCUUACAGAGGGCCUGCGGAGGAUGGAGGCCGGUGAUAUCCCGGGAGCUGUUAGGCUCUUUGAAAGCGCAGUACAGAAAGAGCCAGACAACCAGCUGGCAUGGCAAUAUCUGGGCACGUGUCAAGCAGAAAAUGAGCAAGAAUUUGCGGCCAUCAGCGCCCUCCGCAGAUGUGUGGAGUUGAAGAAUGACAACCUGACUGCACUGAUGGCCCUAGCCGUCAGCUUCACCAACGAGUCUUUGCACCGGCAGGCCUGCGAGACUCUUCGGGACUGGCUGAAGCAUAACCCCAAAUACAGCGCAGUGUGGGAGCAGCAUGAGCGAGAGCGUCAGCAGGAUGCUUCCCGAGAAAGGGAAAAGGAAAGGGAACGUUUUGGUUCUUUGCUGCCAGAGUCCUUGUUUACAGAUGUGCAGACUUUGUUUCUACAUGCGGCGAACACGGACCCUGCUCAGGUGGACCCUCAGCUGCAGUGCGGUCUGGGAGUCCUCUUCAACCUUAGUGGCGAGUACGAUAAAGCGGUGGACUGUUUCACCGCGGCGCUAUCUGCCACACCACAGGAUUACUUGCUUUGGAACAAACUGGGCGCCACGUUGGCGAACGGUAGCCGAUCCGAGGAGGCCGUAGCCGCCUACAGGAGAGCACUGGAAUUACAGCCUGGUUUCGUUCGUAGUCGCUACAACCUUGGAAUCAGUUGUGUCAAUUUAGGAGCACACAGGGAGGCAGUGGAGCACUUUCUGGAAGCGCUUUCCCUUCAACGCCAGGCUGCUGCCGGCAUUGAAGCAAGAACCACGCGAGGGCCCGCCGGCACUGCGGCCACAGUCAUGUCAGACAACAUCUGGUCCACUCUGCGCAUGGCUCUCAGCAUGAUGGGCGAGAGCUCGUUGUACUCCGCUGCCGACCGCCGCGACCUGGACACUUUACUGGCCCACUUUUGCCAGAGGGAUGUUGAGGGCGGGACCGAAUGAAGGUUAGCCACGAGCGGGGCUAUAGAGUGUGAAUGUUUCCUGCAUGGAGGUAUAUGUUUGGGACUGAAACAUCGACUAUAAAAAGGAUUGGAUGGACAAAGACACUAUGAAUUAUCCUCCAGUCAUCAGUCGGUGCCCCUGCCGCUAUGAAUGCAGUAUUUAGUAUCAGCCAGCCAGAGUACGUUUAUUUUAUACUGCAUAUUUGAAAGUCCUUGUGUUUCCGCUUACAAUGCUUAGACGGUUUUGUAAUAACACUACUACCUUUUUCCCUCCCUUUAUAAAUUGGUGUAGCUAUCAACUCCAGCAUGGUUAUCUUGUACAGUACAGUAGCUUGACGGUACAGACAAAAUGGGUGCAAGUUUUUAAGUUGCACUAGAAAUUUGAUUAUGUCAAUUAUUCAUUUUUUUGUAUGAACAUUAUUUAAUUUUUUUCAUCUUCUGUUAUUAGUCUGGUCAUGUAUGUGUGUAAGAGCGCGCGUCUGUGUGUGUGUACAGGCCCGUUAAAUGAUAAGAUUCUAUUUGUAUAAUAUGACUGGUUCCCCAUGGGUUCCUCCCUUUUUUUUGUCAUUUAAACAAUUAAACCAUUCAAAUUCAUUCAAACCAAAUUCAUCUGUUCCCAUAGCAUAUAUUGUAAACUCAUCGUUGUUUUCAGCCGACUGAGGGCCUGGUUGAAAUGUUUAAAAUCAUAAUCGGCAAUAAAGCUUUGAUUUCAAA